UUCCACGCGCACCUGUUGACGUGCCUCAAAACAAACUAGGCGCGCCAGACUCCGGAGACCGUUAACUGCGACACGGAAUAGUUUGAAUUCCCCUUUUAACGCUUCAAACUUCAGAUUUUUUUCUUAUGAGAUACUGGAAAAUGAUUUCUUUCCGGACCUUACGACUGCCUAAUAUCGGAGUUAUUGGCUCACUAGCGAAAGACAUCGCAAAAAGAGGCUCAACGUGUCAGAAUGUGACGAGGAGGUCGUUCAGUUUAUCUUCACGGAUUCACUCGAGUCAAGAAUUUAUCGCUCCUGCAUCCGCGGAUCAACCUAAUUCGAAAAAACACGUGGCCAAUAAAGGUCUGUUCUCUGGACUAGAGGACUUGCUUUUCUACACUAUAACUGAAGGAGCGGAAAAGGUUCCUGUAUCUCAUUUCAUCGCUGCAGUGAAAAGCACUGGCCUUCUGACCUCUGACCCCAGAUUGCGCGACUGCAUGGAAAAGAUUCGCGAAGCUGUCCGGGAAUCAGCCGGGGAAGUCAUGAUGGACCGUGAGCUGUUCCGAAAGUGUGUGGGUGGCAACAUAGUCCUGCUGAGUCUCGCUUUCAGACGGAAGUUUAUCAUUCCAGAAUUCGAGGCGUUUGUGGACGACAUCAAUCAUAUUUUCUACACAUCAAAACACCAACACGCUGGACAGGUUGCAAAAUACAUUCCCCAUCUAACCAAGUUUAGUCCUGAUCUUUGGGGCGUCUCUCUCUGCACAGUCGAUGGUCAAAGACACUCAGUGGGCGACACAAAGGUGCCGUUCUGCUUGCAGUCGUGCGUGAAGCCGCUGGAAUACGCCAUUGCGGUACACGAGCACGGCACGGAGCGCAUUCACCGUUAUGUGGGGAAGGAGCCCAGCGGAUUUAAAUUCAACAAACUCUCCUUAGACGAAGAAGAAAAACCUCACAACCCCAUGGUCAAUGCUGGAGCAAUUGUCAUCAGUUCACUUAUCAAGCCAGGUGUCAACAAGGCCGAGAAGUUUGAUUAUGUGAUGGAGUUUGUGAAGAAAAUGACUGGCUCAGAGUAUGUGGGCUUCAGCAACCCAACGUUUCAGUCAGAGAAGGAGACAGGAGACAGAAACUACGCAAUAGGAUACUACCUUAAAGAGAAGAAGUGUUUUCCUGAAGGGGCGGAUAUGAUAGAUGCACUGGACUUUUAUUUUCAACUGUGUGCCAUAGAGGUCACGUGCGAAUCUGGCAGCGUAAUGGCCGCCACAUUGGCUAACGGAGGCAUCUGUCCAAUCACAGGAGAGAGAGUUCUGAGCACAGAAGCCGUACGAAACACGCUGAGUCUCAUGCACUCCUGUGGGAUGUACGACUACUCGGGACAGUUCGCUUUCCAUGUUGGUUUACCUGCUAAGUCUGGUGUGUCUGGUGCAGUUCUUCUGGUGGUGCCGAAUGUAAUGGGUGUCAUGUGUUGGUCGCCCCCUGUGGACAAAGUCGGGAACAGCGUCCGUGGAAUCCGCUUCUGUCAGGAACUGGUGUCUUUGUUCAACUUCCACAAUUAUGACAAUCUGAGGCACUUUCUGAAGAAGCAGGACCCUCGCAGACAGUCUGGUGAUGACAGGAACAAGUCAGUGGUGAAUUUGAUGUUUGCAGCCCACAGUGGAGAUGUCUCAGCUCUGAGAAGGUUUGCACUUUCAUCCAUGGAUAUGGAGCUGAAGGACUAUGACUCUCGUACACCUCUUCACAUAGCUGCUGCAGAGGGUCACAUGGAUGUUGUGCUAUUUCUGACGCAGUCCUGCAAAGUCAACCCUUUUGUGAAAGACCGGUGGGGAAAUAUUCCUCGGGAUGAUGCCAUGCAGUUCGGCCGUGAGGACGUGGUGAAGAUCUUGGAAGAAUAUGAGCAGAACUACAUUGUUCUAACAUCUCAGACUGACACAGAAGACCGUAGUCAUCAGUCUGUCUGUUCAUCUCUGGAGGGACAGGUGUAAUCUAUCGUGAAUGUAACCAAUUUAAGGACUAUGUCAUCAGAUGUAAUGUCAAAAUAAGGGCACAUUUAUGGAAACGUCUCUUGACAGCAGUGUUGGGGGUAAUGCAUUACAAGUAGCGCAAGUUACGUAAUAAUAUUACUUUUUUUAAGUAACUAGUAAAGUAAUGCAUUACUUUUGAAUUUCUAAGAAAAUAUCUGAGUUACUUUUUCAAAUAAGUAACGGCAGUUACUUUUUUCCCCAUUUAUUGAUUGACAAGUCUCCUGUUGGGAAAUUGGGAGUAAACAUGAUGUUACUGUAUUCUAGACUAAAUGUGAACAUGCAUUAAUUCAUCUCACUCACAAAAAACAGAUUCAGUAUUUCUCAAAAUGAAUAAAAACAGUGUAAUGCAAACUCAGAAUAUGAUGCAACCCUGCAAAAAUUAAAUAUGUGAAAUAAAACAAAUAUCCUUUAUGUAUUUAAUCCCAUUUUAUUAACCAGUGUCUUUGCUGCUGACCUUCAAUGAUGCAAUUCAACCAUCAAAAAUCUUCAUUUAUGAUCUCCUGCAUAAAUGUACUUUUCUUUCAGCCUGAGGUGAAUUCAUUUCACUUUUGGUGUAAAAGGGCUUUUACAUAAGAAUUGUUUUAUAUUAAAAACAAAGAAGCAAGCCCUGCCCAGAUUUAAAAAGUAAUGCACAAAGUAACGCAAAAAUAACGUAACGCAUUACUUUCCAUAAAAAGUAACUAAGUAAUGUAAUUAGUUACUUUUUCAGGGAGUAACGCAAAAUUGUAAUGCACUACUUUCAAAAGUAACUUUCCCCAACACUGCUGGACAGACAUAAAAAGCUCACAAUGUUUUUACAAUUUUGAUGUGUAAAUAUAAAAUUUUUGUACAUAAU